UAUAGUCUAUACUCUAUAUAUCCCCCUUCCACUAAACCCUGUUUCAUACACCUCCAACACUGCUAGGCAAAGCUAAUUAGUCCUUCCACAUUUUACUUUGAUCAUCUAGUUUGCCAAUUUUAAGCCAUGAGUGCUUCAACUCAUGACCAAUUUGCUGCCACUCUGAUCUUCCUAUUUUUCUCUCACUUUCUAAGAGGGUCAAAUUCAGCGACAUUCAGCAUCGUAAACAAGUGUAGCUACCCGGUUUGGCCGGGGAUUUUAUCCGGCGCCGGAACGGCGCAACUCGCCACCACCGGCUUCGCCCUGCAACCCGGCCAGUCCAACGCGGUCGCGGUCCCCACCGCCUGGUCUGGCCGCCUGUGGGGCCGGACCCUGUGCUCCACGGACUCCGCCGGAAAAUUCUCCUGCGUCACCGGAGACUGCGGAUCCUCCGCCGUGGAAUGCGGCGGCGGAGGCGCCGUCCCACCGGCCACACUGGCGGAGUUCACCUUGAACGGCGCGGGGGGACUGGACUUCUACGACGUCAGCGUGGUGGACGGCUACAACCUCCCCAUGCUGGUGGAGGCGCGCGGCGGCGGGAACUGCACAGCGACGGGGUGCGCGGCGGACUUGAAUGGAGGGUGUCCGGCGGAGCUGAAGGUGAAGACGGUGGCGAGUGGUGAGGGCGUGGCGUGCAAGAGCGCGUGUGAAGCGUUCGGGGAUCCGCGGUAUUGUUGUAGCGGACGUUACGCGACGCCUGAGACAUGCAAGGCGAGCUCGUACUCGCAGCUGUUCAAGAGCGCGUGCCCACGCGCUUAUAGCUACGCCUACGAUGAUGCCACCAGCACCUUCACUUGUGCCUCCGCGGAUUACCGCAUCACUUUCUGUCCCUCGACCUCCUUAAGUUCGAUAAAGUCAGGGAAUGGGAAAUUCCCAGUAGCAGUAGAUAUCUCAGUUGGCCAUGCUUAUGCUGACAAAUCAGCCAAUGUCAUGCUAGUAGCUAUUAGCGCUGUUUUAUUAACAAUAUUGUGGCAACAACUCAAUUAGGUGGUGGUGGCACGAAUUAGAGGCUCCAAGAUUGUCACUUGAAUUCAAUUCAACAAAUCAAACUAUAAACGUUUGUCUCUUUUUUCUUCUGUAUUUGGAUGAGUUAAUUAGCAAUAUUAAUAUUCAUCACUCGGCCCACAACCAGAAUCAGGAUAUUGUAAAUUGUAUUGUGGUCAUAUAUAGCUGGUCAUGGUUGCGUUAUGUAUAGAAGUUGGCCUGUUGCAAGCUAAUGCAAUUGUAUAGUGUACAAUUAGGGAGUGAUACAGUUGCAGUGACAACCAUAAUUAAGAUGUUGUGGUGCAUGCUUAUCGUGAUUUUGGAUGCAAAUAUUGUCUUCUAUCAAUUGGCAAAAACAUUCCAAAAAAAAAUAGAAAAGAAAAAGUGUUAUUUCUUUUU